UUUAUGCGCGCGCUAAUGCCGUAUCCAUGCCGGCGUUAGUUAAAAAAAACUUAAAAUCUGGAUAGUUAAGUGACUCAAUGACCAGCAAAAGAGCCAGUCAGACUAUAUAGAUAAGCGCGCUAAACUCCCAAAACUAAAAACAUGAUAACCAUACUAAUACCGCUGGCGGCGACGGCCAUACCGAUUUGUGCUAUUCUUUUUGUGGCGGGCACGUUUCUUUUCAAGACAUUCAUUAAUAUACGGUCACGCUACGAUGCGCGGGUGAACUGCUGGUUCUGCAAUAGCAACGCGCGAGUUUCUUACAUGGAUCGCAAUAGUUGGACCUGUCCGAAAUGCGAGCAGUACAAUGGUUUUACAAAGGAUGGGGACUACAACAGGGACAUGACGUCGCAGCGAGACUGCAGUAUCGGUUCCCAGAAGAACAGCUCCAAGGGCAGCUCCAGCAUUUGCGCCAACUCAUAUUAUUCGGAUCUCCUGUCCUCAAAUCCUCCAGCCCAGAAAAAUGGCCUUUGCGACCAGUGCAAUGAGGCACAGCGCCUGAAGGUCGAAAAGCUAUCGCAAUUUGAACCUAAAAAUGAGUCGCGCUUCGACCAAGAGCUCAAAACUUACAGAGAACGACUGGAGAAGCAGUUCCGUCUGUGCAGUAGCUGCGAACGGCAUGUGAAUAAAGUUCUGCACGAGAAAAAGAAAAUGGUGUUGAGCUCCAAGUUCCUAAACUAUAUUAUCAAGGGAGCAUCGAUGCUUAAGCAGCCGCACUUUAACCGCUUAGCCAAUGCCCAGAAGCAAUACAAACUGCAGCGGUACCGCGUUCUGAUGACCAUCCUUACUGUAAUUAACAUUCUGUGCCUGCUCUGCCGCCUUCCUCAUGGAACAGCCAGUCAGUUUACGACCUUUCUCGGAAAAUUCAUUGGAUUAGCCGUGUUUUAUGCCUACUCGCAUGUGCUAGCCCUUAUCCGUGUGGUGACCUCGGGCAUUGAAAAUUUCCUGGAACAAAGAGAAAUCACAACAAAAUUUCUAUUAUACGGUCGAACUUUUGGCAAGCUAUUGCUGUAUUCGGUGGGCUUGAGCCAACAGCAAGUACAACAAGCGACCUUUGCAUCUUGUUUCAUUGGUGUCUAUCCAUAUGCUAUGUUGGCCUUGAGUUUUCUGCACAAGAUUAACGACGGAUUAAAGUUCACGCGGUUUACCAUUGCUCUGCUGCUGUGGAGUGUAUAUGCAACGGGAAUCGAAAUCCUAGCCCCUCUUAUCGAUGGGAUCUCUUUUAUACUGUUGGGCAGUGUGUUUACCCUUGUUUUGCUAGCCACAAACCAGUCCAAUCUGCUCAGACAAGCGAAUCAGGAUGAGUCCGCCUGCGAAAGUUUCCAUCGUCUCUGUGCGGAUGAAUGCGAUGAGGAAACGCUGAGUAUGCUUAGCCAGCAGUUAAGUGGAUACAGCAAUACCAGCAAUGGCAAUAUGUCGAUGACUUCUGGAUCAAUUUGCCACUCACCAGCCCCCACAAUUUCGCAGCGAACUAUUCAACCACCAGCUUCUUUGCUGUCCCUAGAUUCGUUGCAUCUGUCGAAGCAACGCAUGGAACAGCAGGCCUGGUCUUCAAACUAUGGAGGAGCGUCGACCUUAAUUGCUCCGCCAAUACAGAACGGGAUGAUGUUCCAACAAAAGACAAUGAGACCAAUGGAGUCCCAGUGGUAUCGUCAUGGAUCGAAUAACAUGACUCAAAAUCAGCCUUUCACUAGAUCUUCGCAAAACCUUUUGAUGCCAUCGCGAUUGCCACACAUGAGCAGAAAUGUUGGUGGAGCUGAUGUAAGCGCCUGGGUGGCGGCCAAUCAAAAUAUCAACCAGGACCUAAGCACUGCCAGUCUAAUGAGACAUUACGAGGAGAAACAGCAGCAGCAACUUUCUCGCACCUCUUCGCAAUCGUCUGGAUUUGAGUCGCAACACCGACAAGAAAACCAAUGGGGAACUUCACCUCCGAUAUUGAGGGACUACGGCUGGUCCGAGACCCUCGGAAGUCAGCGUAACCUGUCAGUUAACCCUCCCCUUGCAUCGCCAACUCCUACAAUUGUACAAAGUGAAUUUCAAUACUCCAGGACAGCUCUACCCCAACAACAGCCUACAAUUCAGCCGGGCGAUUUACUUAGAAAGUGGAUCGAGAGUAGUUCUAAGGCCUCCCAACCGAUCCACUAAAUUGUGAUAUGUGGUCAUAAAUUAUAUAGGAAAUCAGAGAGGAACAAAGUGCAUAGGGAAUGCCAAGAUGGCAGAUGAAUCACAGCCAGAUAGGACAUAUUACAAUUUUGACUUAACUUUGCUAUCAUAUAAUUUAUUAUCUUUGACAAUUAGUUUUAAGUUUACUGGUGGAUUAUCCUUCAUUUACAUAUAUAUGGUGGCUAAUUUAUAAUAUAUUUUUUCACAAUGGGACGAUCAGUAGUGUUUAGCUAGCCUAAGCUAGCCUAACCUCUGAAAGUAGUGAAAAAACGUAAAGCAAGGAUUAAACUUCAGUAAAUAGACCUUAGUUAUGUAUUCAAAUGAGAGCUAUCAUUAACUGUCAGUUUUUAUUGUUGCAAAUGGAGUUCCUCCUUAAACAUGGUGACUAAUUUAAUUUAGAUAAAUUGUUUAUUAUACAAAUGAAUAUUUUUUGAAAUAAAAUUGGAAAAAAUAAUGAACUGUUUAAUAAAUA